GCGGAGCUGCGGCAGAUCAGCAGCACAGGCUGAAGUUGAGGCUGCACCGACACGGACGCUGCUCAGGACUUUGCUCUCGUUUUCUGACUCGACAUCGGCUUGAAAAUCCGCCUCAUGGCUCCAGCUGCGACUCCGCGUUCACCUGCACCGGGGAACUUUCUUUAGGACGCGUUCAGCUGCAGGACGUCAUGAGGAGGACGAUGGAGGCCGGAGGGGUUCGAUCCCUGCUCUGGUUCAUCCUGCUGGGAUUCAAUCCCCCGACCUCAGCCCUCAACCCAGACGACCCCAACGUCUGCAGCCACUGGGAGAGCUACGCGGUGACCGUGCAGGAAUCCUACGCCCACCCCUUCGACCAGGUCUACUACACCCGCUGCACCGACAUCCUCAACUGGUUCAAGUGCACCAGACACCGGAUCAGCUAUAAGACGGCCUACAGGAGAGGAGUGAGGACCAUGUACAGGAGACGCUCCCAGUGCUGCCCCGGCUUCUACGAGACCGGGGACCUGUGUGUCCCGCUGUGUACGGAGGAGUGCGCCCACGGUCGAUGUGUUUCUCCUGAUACCUGCCAGUGUGAACCCGGCUGGGGAGGCCUGGACUGCUCCAGCGGCUGUGACAGUGACUUCUGGGGCCCCCACUGCAGUAACCGGUGCCAGUGCCGUAACGGGGCCAAGUGUAACCCGAUCACGGGGGCCUGCGUCUGCACCGACGGCUUCCAGGGGUGGCGCUGUGAGGAGCCCUGCCCGGCCGGCACCUUCGGGAAAGACUGUCAGAACGAGUGUCAGUGCCUCAACGGCGCCACCUGCCACCACCAGACCGGGGAGUGUCUCUGCGCCCCGGGAUACACCGGAGCCUUCUGUGAGGACCCUUGUCCUCCAGGGAAACAUGGUUCUCUGUGUGAGCAUCGGUGUCCCUGUCAGAACGGAGGGAGCUGCCAUCACGUCACCGGAGAGUGUUCGUGCCUGGAAGGCUGGGUGGGUCCGGUCUGUGCUCAGCCGUGUCCGUUCGGUUCGUUCGGCAUCAACUGUUCUGAGGAGUGUACGUGUCGUAACGGAGGUCUGUGCGAUCACGUCAGUGGCCAGUGUCAGUGUACGUCCGGAUUCAUCGGAGAGAGGUGUCAGGACGAAUGCCCGGUCGGUACCUAUGGGCCUCAGUGCGCCCAUAAAUGUGACUGUCAGAACGGGGCCAAGUGUUACCACAUUAACGGAGCCUGUCUCUGCAACGAGGGCUUCAAGGGCCCCAGCUGCCAGGACCGCUUCUGUCCCGGCGGCCUCUACGGACUCACCUGCGACAAACGCUGCCCCUGCAAAACCUCCAACACACUCAGCUGUCACCCUCUGUCCGGGGAGUGCACCUGUGCAGCGGGGUGGGCGGGGCUUUACUGCAACGAGACCUGUCCACCAGGUUACCACGGCGAGGGCUGCAAGGAGGCCUGCACCUGCACCAACGGAGCCGACUGUGACGGCGUCUCUGGAGCUUGUGUCUGUGCACCGGGAUUCAUCGGCGACGACUGCUCCAUCGUUUGUCCUCCUGGACUCUACGGCAUCAACUGCACCUCCUCCUGCUCCUGCCUCAACCAGAUCUCCUGCUCCGCCGUGGACGGAUCCUGUCUCUGUAGAGAAGGCUGGCAGGGCGUGGACUGCUCCCUCCCCUGUCCCAGUGGGUCCUGGGGCCUGUCCUGUAAUCAGACGUGUCCCUGCUCCAACGAGGCGUCCUGUGACCCCGUCAACGGGACAUGCUCCUGCUCCCCGGGCUGGACGGGGGACACCUGUGACGUCCCGUGUCCCGACGGGUCCUUUGGGCUGGACUGCAGGGACACCUGUGACUGUGUCCACUCUGAGGGCUGUGACCCAGAGACCGGCGUCUGUCUCUGUCUCCCAGGAUGGACCGGUGUCCACUGUGAGGGGGUGUGUGAGGACGGACGCUGGGGACAGAACUGCUCCAACAGCUGUAGCUGUGACAACGGAGGCUCCUGUUCCCCAGAGGACGGAUCCUGUGUGUGUCCCUCAGGUUUCAGAGGACACACCUGCACACAAACCUGUCCUCCUGGGUUCUAUGGUCCUCGCUGCAGCCAGUCUUGUCCUCAGUGUGUCCACAGUGAUGGAGCCUGUCACCACAUCAGUGGACACUGUGAAUGUCUCCCCGGCUUCUCAGGUUCACUCUGCAGCCAAGUUUGUCCCAGUGGACGUUACGGUAAAUCCUGCGCUGAGUCCUGCUCCUGCACCAACAACUCCAGCUGUGACACCAUCGACGGCUCCUGCCAGUGUUUCCCUGGAUGGAUCGGACACGACUGCUCCGAGCCCUGUCCUCAGGGCUCCUGGGGACCAGACUGCAUCCACACAUGUAACUGUCACAAUGGAGCCGAGUGCAGCGCCACCUAUGGACAAUGUGACUGCAGCCCUGGAUGGACGGGACUGUACUGCACCCAGCGCUGUCCCUCUGGGUUCUUCGGGUCCCGCUGUGCUGAGGUGUGUCGCUGUCAGAACGGAGCCGACUGUGACCACGUUGGGGGACGUUGCUCGUGCAGGACGGGCUUCAUUGGACAGAGCUGUGAACUCAAGUGUCCUCCGGGGACGUUUGGCUACGGCUGCCAGCAGCUGUGUGAGUGUCUGAACAACGCGACAUGUGACUACGUGACGGGAACCUGCUACUGCAGCGCGGGAUACAAGGGCAUCCGCUGCGACCAGGCGGCCCUGGUGAUGGAGGAGCUGAACCCCUACACUAAGAUCAGUCCGGCCGUGGCGUCUGACCGUCAGUCGGCCGGCGCCGUCCUGGGCGUCGUCUUCCUGCUGCUGCUCAUCCUGCUCAUGCUGGGCCUGGUGGUCUGGUUCCGGUUCCGGUACCGGCAGAGGGACAAGGGCCACCACCCGGUCCAGGUCCCCGUCCCCAGCGUCACCUACACCCCGGCUCUGAACAUCACCACAGACUACUCCCUCUCAGCAGGGCUGCAGCCUUCAGGCCUCAUCUCCUCUGCAGAGUCUCCCAGUAACAUCUCUAUAGGACGGUGCUUCUCCAACCGCAGCUACCGGAGCCUGGGCCCCUGCACCUCCUCCGCCUCCUCCGCCUCCUCCGCCUGCGCCCCCCACACCAGGACCACCAGGAGGAGCUGCACCAAGGUGAAGUCGACGAAGCGUUUCAGGAACAGUGCUCCUGCUGAGUGGAGCGCAUACUGCAACCUCAGUGAUCUGGGUGUUUACUGCAUCGACCGGAGGUUCAGCCACCACCUGGAGCCUCGCUACAGAGACUACAUGAAGGGCUCCCUGUCCAGUACCUGCUCCCUGAGCAGUGAGAACCCCUACGCCACCAUCAACGACCCCCCCGCCCUCUGCAAACACUCGGAGAGCAGCUACGUGGAGAUGAAGUCACCGGUUCACCGUGAUCACGUGACCCACUGCUGCUCCUCCUCCAUCAUCGUCACCUCCUCCUCCACCUCCUCCUCCACCGCGCCCGCCAAGAACGUCUAUGACAUGGAGCCGACCAUCAGCAUCGUCUACCCCCACAACCAGAACCAGAACCAGAACCACAACCACAACCAGAACCAGAACCCGAACCCGUACGACCUGCCCAGGAACAGCCACAUCCCAGCGCACUACGACCUGCUGCCCCUCCGGCCCAGCCCGUCCCACAGCCACGGCAGCCCCACCAGCUCGCUGCUUUAGACCCUGGACCCGGACCUGGACCUGGACCCGGAGCUGGACCCGGAGCUGGACCCGGACCCGGACCUGGUCUACUGGGUCCAGUUCGCCCAGAACCAGGGCUGUGUCUGUGAUGGGGGAGAGCAGGUGGAGCAGGAACUACUAUUUAUGAAUUAAUUUAUUUUUAUCUCUGUAAAUUCCUCAUCAACACAGAACUCAAAGAAAAGAACUCACAGAGACGGGACAUGGAAAAAAGAGGUUCCUGAUAAAUGUGAGUCAAAGGCCGACGCCCACUUCUCUCCUGGAAAGACCUUAAACACGGGGUCACGGGGUCACGGUGUCACAGCAUCACAGCAUCACGGCAUCACGGCGUCGGGUCUGGACACAAACCUCCGGCCUCUCUGAGCUGUGCAGCUACAGCUCCGGUAUUUUUACACACGGUUUCUUAUUUCCCGUCCACAUGUUCGAAAGAUCCACUGGGCUCCGUCUUCUCUCUUUUUCUAUGUCCAGUAGAUGAAGUGACCUGUGUCAGUGGUUCUUAUUGUUGUUAUGUUGUGGCUCAGUUCUCGUGCAUGACAAAGGUUAUUCCAGCUCCUAGUAGUUAGCCAGCGUACGUCUUUGUUUAGCUCUUUGUUUUUAGCUGCUUCGCACUCAGAUGGAAAACUGGCGACUGUGUCAACAUUCACACGUUCCUCAGACCUGGUUCUGUGGAUCCACCGGAUCAGAACCAAGAACAGCAGCAGCGCCACCGUGUGGUAGGUAGAGAUCCAUCAGAGACAGCAGCUGAUACAAUAUUCUACUGACCACAUGGUGGCGCUGCUGCUGAUUCACACAGACUGAGAUCAGAUCUGUCUGGACUCGUUUUAGUGAAUUAACUCCAACAGGAAAUUAAUGACUUAAAAAUCAUUGAGAUCUGAAUCAAACUUUUAUAAAUGUCAGAAUCCAGUUAUUUUAUCUCUGGUUUCCGAGGCAGAUUAAUCAGAAGUAUUUAUUAUUAUUUAAUGAGUCUACAUGUGUGAUUUUGGUGAAUAGCAAUAACAGGACAUGUUGACAAUCAGAUGAACCAGUUUCCUUCAUGUUUCUGCUUCUGUCGUCGUCACUCGAGCUGAUUGUUGCUUUUUGUUUAAAGUCCUGAACUAAUAAACUUAUGAUCAGAGUCUAAGUCUCACAUGAAGAACUUUAAUAUUUAGUGCCUUCCUUCCUUCCUUCCUUCCUUGCUGAGUGGCUGCGUUCCAUUUAGAUCCUAUAUCCUGACUGAAUUGAGCUCGGCCGCCGUUAAUGGUUCAGCUUCAAACUCUUUAAGUGAAGAUGCUGCUGUUCUUUGAGCUUUUAGCUUCGAUCUGAAUCCUUUAUUAAAAUGGUUCGAAACAUCCUGAAAGCAGACGAAGAGAAACCAGUAAACACAGGAAGGAAGGAAGGAAGGAAGGAAGGAAGGAAGGAAGGAAGGAAGGAAGGAAGGAAGGAAGGACGCUCACAGCUGAUACUAGAAACUCUUCAUUCAUAUGUGAUAUUGGCUCGUUUUACUCUAAUAUUUCUGUUCCAUGUUUCUUUCUUUCUUUCUGUUGAUGUUUUGAUUCAUUUUUAUGAAGAAAUUAACACAAAGAAUAAAAAUGUUUCGUUCUAAUGUAAAAA